AACAGAACCCGGACUCUGGGGACUGACACCACACCCUUCUGUGAGUGUGUUUGAGUUGUGUGCCUAGUUUGAGCUCUGUUGUGUUUCUUCUUCUACGUCUUCUUCUUCUUGUUGUGGGUGAAUGAGGAGCUGCCUUCUGACUCUCAGAGCUGGUGGACGUCAUCAUGGUAGACUCAAUCCCUUCGUCUUUGGAUCACGCGGAAGAGGUUUUAAACAAGACGGUGACAAUAGGCACAGACGAUGAAGAUUUUGCAGCUUUAAUCGGAGGAUCGGUCGUUGCUGUGCUGUUAGUGGUGAUCUGUUCGGUCGGAGUUCUGCUGUGGUGUCUGGCCAGAAACAAAGGCUCGUACAACACCAACGAGACGGACGACUACGUCAUCGGCGACGCCGAAGAGGAUGAAGAGUCGCUCGGUUCUGACGCGGUGCUGCAGAGCAAACAACCUCUGAAGCCCAAAGAGGAGGAAUGAGAUGAGCGAGAGGACGGACUGUGUGGCUUUUUAAAUUCCUUAUUUUUCUAAAGCUGCACGACUCAAACCGUUUAAAAUGUGAAGUGUAAAAAGUGGCUGUGAGGUGCCAAAACGUGACAACUAAGAAAAAAACAACUUUUUAGAAAAGAAACUAAACAAAACUUUUAGAAAAUACAUUUAGACUAUUUUUGUGUUUUAAGUGACCUUAAAGGGCCGUGCAAACAGGAAGUGACGACCACUGACUUAAUGAGAGAUGUAGAGAUGAUACAUGGGGGGAAACUUUUGCCGGAUGGGCCCCAGGCUGAUCUGUGAACCCAGACGGAGCGGUAUUUACUUUUCAAACAUGAGAAGAGCUGUGUCCGUCCACGCGCUGGCUAUAGUUUUAUACUCUGUUUGUUUCAGUCUCAAACAUACGAGUUUAUCUAGCAGGCUUGUGCAGAACCGAGGCGACUCCACCCUACAGGAUGCUGAACUGGAAUUACAGGAAGUGGAAUUAAAUUAAAGAGAAAUUCCUUAGAAAUUUGUCACGUUUAACAAAUGUUUUGGCUUAAAUACUUAAAAUACUUAUAAUAUUCUUUGACCAAAUUAUGCAAAACUGAAACUAGCUCAGUCAGAGAGACUUUGAAUACCUGGAUAAAGUAAAGCAUUCUGGGAAAUGAAGUAUCUUUUUCACCGUUUUCCAUAAUUGUAAAGUUAUAAUACAUCAAAUUUAAAGUGUACACAAAGUUCAUAGUGAUAAUUACUGGGAUGAAAUGUGUGAAACAGUCUCGUCUUGUUCUGACGCCAAAAUGAUCAAUUUGAAUUUCACAGAAUUUAUUGGAAUUUCAAUCCCACUUCCUUCAGUUUGAAUUGCAAAUUCUGCUUCCUGUUUGCAUCCUCAGUUCAAAUUCACUUCAAAUUCUUGGAGUUGAAUUGGAAUUAGGAAACGCUCUGUUAUCUACACUGGAAAGAAGCAAAACAUUCUUAUAUCCAAUCAAAUCAUCCUGUGUUAAGAAAAAAUAAUCUGCCCGUGGGUGAAGGUGUUUUUCAUUGACAAAAAUACGUAAAAUAAGCACAAAGUUCUUGUCUCUGAACAAAAUAUAGGACGUAUUUCUUUAAUACAAGGAUGUUUUGCUUUGUUGAAAGUUUUUUUUUUACAGUGUAUGAGUCUGUAACGUCCUUCUGUAGACUUUGCUUUUGAUUUCUAAACCUUUUGCAGCUCCAAGUCACUAAUAUUACUGUCAAACCUUCUCCUUUUGAUAACAUAGAAACACCCUGAUGACGAUUUUCUACUGUGUGCAUUGAAGACAAGUCUUUUUUAAUAAAUGAUAAUAACUUUCUGAUA